ACUUCAAAUAUGGUUCGUCUUAUAAAUAAUUUCACUCUUUUGUGUAAAAAAACAGAAAAUGGAGAAGAAAUUUGCUCUUGUGAUUUCCGCGUAAAUAUAUAUGGAUGUGAACAUAGUGAACUUUAUGUUACUUCUGGAUGGAUAUUGGCAAUAAUGUCUAUAUUGGCAACAAUUAUGGCCAGUGGACUUUUGAUAUAUCUUAUUAAAGUUAGGAAGCAACCAUUCUUCUUGCCUGCUUCCAAUGAGAGAGGAUGGAUAAGACCCAAACCUAUGCAUUCAUAUCACUUGUUAGUGAUUGCAUAUAUGGCUCUUGAAGCAUUUCAUCUGAUUGCUUUGGAAGUUGAAUUGUAUCCUAGUGUCAAAGCGGCAGAACUUGGUAAUGUAUCGGCAGUGGUCUUUUCUGCAUCAGCCGCUAUACUUUAUACCAUUAGUAUAGUUUAUGCAACACCAAACGUACAGUUUAAUGAGAAUUAUGAGCUCUUAUGUAAAAAAUAUGGACCAAAUAUACUUCUUGUUGACAUUAUUGGAAUAUUAUUAUUUUUGUUACCAAUAUUCGCGUGGUUUCCACUAUCUUCAUUAACAGGAGAAUAUGCUGAUAGGAAUGAUAUCGAAGCAGCAAAUUACUAUUUUGCAGCAAAAUAUAUUGCUAUUGUAAUCUGGGAAGUAAUAUACAGUUUGGUGUUAAUAUACUUUUGGUACAAGUUAAUGUCUGUAAUAAAGAGUUAUAUUAAAGUAAUAGAAGAUCGUAACAUUUCAUCGGGGGUUACUAGUAGCGGUCAAGUACAAAGUAUCAAAAAGAGUGCCAGAAAUAUAACUACACCUGUAAUGGCGAUCUUUGGUGGAUUACUUUCUCAAGCAAUUAUAUUUGUCAUUAUGAGUAUUUCGCAUAGAACCAAUACAAUUUAUGUUUUUAUGUGGAAUAUGUUUUAUUAUUGGAUUCAAUAUGUUUUCUUCCCGUUACUCGCAUUGACUGUUGAAAGUUUUUUGAUUUAUUAUACAGUGGUAAAUUACAAAGAUUCACUGACUUCCUCUGCAAAUAAUUCAAAUAACAAUAAUUCAAAUAACAAUAAUUCAAAGGCUGAAUAGUCUGAAUGACAGAAAAAACAAGCAGUACUGGUUACUGCAAUCAUAUUAUUUUUUUAAUUGUUUAUUGUAAUUUUAAAAAUUUUUUUUUUUAUUGUAAUUUAAAAAUUUUUUUUUUUUUUGAUGGAACAAAAAACAUCCGGCUUAUUAUUGGGCGUGGCAAAAAAAA